AAAAUAUAUUAUUAAAUAAAAAUAUAAUCUCAUUUACACAACUUUCAUAUGCAGUUUAUUUGAAGUGUUAACAUUGAACACAUUCAAAUUUUAUUUACAGGGCCCUGCAUGUCCUAUACAUCCUUAACAGUAUAUCGCACAGGCGCGAGGUACAGUUGAUAUAAAACCAAUUGCAUAGACAACAGUUUUAUUGAUCCACAUAUUUUCGUAUCCCCUGGGUAAGAAAUAGCGAGUCAAAACGGCGAGCGUAUCGUAAAUCAUCUACAGGAGAUAUUUCACGAGCUCUGAUGAAGUAACUCUUGUGCUUUCCAUCUCUGUGCAGAAGCGAACGUGAACAAUGAGGAUCCCGCACACGAUAUCGAAGAACGCUAUAGCCGCUUACAGGUGCUCGCCGGAGAGCACGCAGUUACCGCAAGAGCAGGGAAGAACGGUGCGAGCGGAAGACGCCUCCUGGGACGACGCCGUAAUCCCCGAUUUAAAGAUUCUCGCGCUUCGUGCUAUAGUCUCGGCCUGGAAGGAUAAUCCCGUUCUGGAGGAUCUGCCGACGUGCGCCGACAGAGACGUGCUGCUGGAAACACUGCCGACUGAUCUACCCUUCGAAUUGACGAUACCGAGAAUCGAGGAUGGGUUUUAUUGGGAACGCGCGGCCAAGGACAGGUGGGAGCACAACGAUCCAGGCGAGCAUGGGGGCUCAUGGCGGCGAUUAUAUUGCGAACGUCACUUAGCCGAGUAUCUGGAAACUUUGGAGGCAACCUACUUCGAGCCCCAAAAAGAAGAAUGUGAAAAAUUAAUGGCUCUCGUAAGGGAGCAUGUACACGUCGUAAGGCUUCGUUUUCUCGUGCCGACCAAAAAGCAGACAACGCAAGCCGACGAGGACGAUGAGCCAAUCCCGGAGGAGGAUGUCGCGCAUCACAUUCCCAUGGCACUUAUACUUCCGCAAUUCCCGAAUCUCACCGAGAUUUAUCUCAACUUCGGUAUGAUCUACAUGAACGACGGUUUCGAGUGGCGGGACUUUGAAUUCUCGCUGGAGGAUUGCUUGAGUUUGGGGGAAGGAAUUAAGGCCAGUCCGAAACUAAAGAAAUUCAGUUUGACCCGAAGCAGCUUGGAUCAGCCACGAGUCGCUGCUAUUCUCCAAAGGAUGGUAUCGAACGAUAACAUCGAGGAACUGGAUCUGUCGCAUUGCAAAUUGAUGGAUACCGGUGCGCACGCGGUGGGCGAAUUUCUGUCGAUGCAUCGGAGACUGAAGACUGUGCAUUUAGCGAACAAUAAUAUAGGACCAGACGGAUGUGCCGGUCUCGUUUACGGAUUAGAGAAAACGGACUCGUCGACUCUGAAGAAUUUGAAUCUUCGAUUGAAUCCGCUGCAACAUGAGGGAGCUAAUCACUUAUGCGCUCUUCUGGUGAGAAACAAAACUUUGGAAACAUUGAACAUCAGCGGCUGCGGAUUAGGUCCGGAAGAAGGUAUCGCGUUGGCCGAUGUGCUCACUUCUGGUUGCGUGAAACUCAAAACCUUAUCUCUCGACGUAUCAAACAAUAAUUUUGGAUUUACCGCUGGAGAGUCAUUCGAGGCGGCCGUGGGCUCGUGCCCGUACAUUAUCCACUUGGAUGGUCGAAUGUGCAAUUUCUCGAAAGAAUCGGAGUGCUCGAUCACCGAGAGCGCGCACAGGAAUAAACAAAACGUGAAAAAGGAGAGGGACAAGGUAGCGCUUUUGCAAAGCAGCGACGUCUAUAAUUCACCUAGCGCCAGAAAUCCGCAACAACAGCCGGAAGUCGGGUCGUCAUUUCCAGAGCCAAAAGAUAUUGUGCAACGUUUCACAACGUUUGGCAGACAAAUCGAUACCGACAAACAGGAGAAGAUCAAAUCAAUUUUUAAAGCGAGUAGCUGCGUCUAUUAGGAGAAGAAAACGAGCUUGUGUUGCUCGUGGAAAAUUUAAGACGUCGUUAGAUAGCGACACGAUGUAUCCAGAAGAGUGCUCACCAGACAGGAUUUUCACGUAAUAAAACAAAGACGAUGGUCCGAAUACAGGCUUCGAGGAGCAUCACCAACUUUCGAUUCCAAUCGAUAAACCCAUUUUUCAAAGUUUGAUAUAACACUUGUACUUAUUAAGAAAUGAACACCCCGAAUAAAAUGAUAAAAUUGUGCAGUA